AUGUCCAACAAACUCUCUGAGAAGCUCGUCAUCGACCAGGUCGAUGUCAACGGCAAAAGGGUCUUGAUGCGCGUCGACUUUAACGUUCCCUUCGCUGACGGCAAGAUCUCGAACAAUGCCCGUAUCGUUGCUGCCCUCCCUACUAUCAAGUACGCCUUGGACAACGGUGCUGCUUCCGUUGUCUUGAUGAGCCAUCUUGGUCGCCCCGAUGGCAAGAAGGUCGAGAAGUACAGCUUGGCCCCCGUUGCCAAGGAGCUCUCGCAUCUCCUCAGCAAGGACGUCGAGUUCUUGGACGACUGUGUCGGCGAGAAGGUCGAGGGUGUCUGUGCCUCUGCCAAGGAUGGCAAGGUCAUCCUUCUCGAAAACUUGCGCUUCCAUAUUGAGGAAGAGGGCAAGGUCAAGGACAAGGAGGGCAACGUCACCAAGGCCACCGAGGCCGAUGUCCAAAAGUUCCGCGCUUCGCUCUCAAAACUCGGUGAUGUUUACGUCAACGACGCCUUCGGUACCGCCCACCGUGCUCACUCUUCCGUUGUCGGCAUUGAUCUCCCCAUCCGCGCUGCUGGUCUCUUGAUGAAGAAGGAGCUUCAGUUCUUUGCCCAGGUGCUCGAGGAGCCCAAGAAGCCCUUCUUGGCCAUCUUGGGAGGCGCCAAGGUCUCGGAUAAGAUCCAGCUGAUCGAGAACUUGCUCGACAAGGUUGAUGCCAUGAUCAUCGGAGGAGGCAUGGCCUUCACCUUCAAGAAGGCCCUCGAGAAUGUCAAGAUCGGCAGCUCUCUCUUCGAUAAGGAUGGUGCUGAGAUUGUUGGCAAGUUGGUCGAGAGUGCCAAGGCUAAGAACGUCAAGCUCUACCUCCCUGUGGACUACGUUACCGCCGACAGCUUCUCUGCCAAGGCCCAGACUGGCUAUGCGACCGAUGAGACCGGUAUUCCCGAUGGCUGGUUGGGACUCGACUGCGGUGCCAAGUCCAAUGAGAUCUUCAAGGAGGUUAUCUUGGGCGCCAAGACCAUUCUCUGGAACGGACCUGCUGGUGUCUUUGAGUUCGAUGCCUUUGCCAACGGUACCAAGGCUGCCUUGGACGCUGUCGUCGAGGCCACUGCCAACGGUGCUGUCUCGAUUGUCGGAGGUGGAGACACUGCCACCGCUGUUGCCAAGUGGCACCAGGAGGACAAGAUCUCGCACGUCUCAACCGGAGGUGGAGCUUCCUUGGAGCUCUUGGAGGGCAAAAACCUCCCCGGCGUUGCCGCCCUUUCCGUCAAGAACUAA